UCUAUUUGUGCUAAUUUCUGGUGUCAUUGCAGUAUUUUAUAACAUAAUAAACAAGAAUCAAAAAAUUAGUCUUUUGUAUAUGAGUGAACCUACUAUUAUUAUAGACCCUAAUGAGGAAUUGCAAAUUGUUCUUCGUAUAAUCUACUAUAAUGUGCCUGGCUUUUAUUCCAAUCCUAGAAAAAUACGAAAAAUAUGUAUAAAAGAAGGAUAUACUCAUUUUCGACUUAAAGAUAUCACAAACUGGUUAGAGAAUCAGUAUGAUUACCAGAUAUAUCGACACCCACCAAAGAUUAAGGCCCAGGCUAGCUUUUCUAAAUGCCGAAUUCCUAAUAAAUUACAUCAAUGUGACCUACUCCCCCAU